CUUCGGAUUGACGAAAUUGCCCCUCUGGUUCCACGGAAUAAACGGGAAUAACCGAAUGCGUUCAAGGCUUCAAACCACAACCAAAUAAGAAAUGGAGCAGAAAAUGCUCCAACUUCUGCAGAACUGUAAGUCCAUCAGGGAAUUGAACCAAACCCAUGUCCUAAUUAUCAGCCAUGGUCUUCAAGAAAGCAAUUUUAUUCUACUGAAGCUUAUAAGUCUCUCUUCAUCAUUCCGUUUUGUUGAGUAUGCGGCUAAAAUCUUCGAAAGCUCAAACUCCCCAAAUGUUUUCGUUUUCAAUACGAUGAUUGAGUAUUUCAUCGAGAGAGCCCGUCGAAAAGAUGCUUUCCGUACUUACAAUCGGAUGAAGGCGGCAUCUGCUCCCAACAGUUUCACCUUCACAAUCCUCCUCAAGUCCUGUAAAUCGUCCAAAGAUCUCGUAGAUGCUAGAGAAUUACACACUGACAUAGUGAAAUCAGGAUACGGGUCAAGUGUUUUUGUCGGGAAUACCCUCUUGGAUUUCUACGCAAAGACCAGCACUAAUCUCGAUUUAGCGUAUCGGGUAUUUGAGGAAUUGCCUGAGAGAGAUGUCGUUACAUGGAAUUCUAUGAUUGGCGCAUACUUGACGCAUGGGGAUACAGAAUCCGCCAUCAAAUUUUUUGGUUCCAUGCCGCACAGGAACAUCGUGUCUUGGAAUUCUAUUAUCUCCGGACUUUCCAAGGCCGAAAACAUGGAGUCAGCCCAGUUAAUUUUUGAGCGGAUGCCAAUUAAGAACCAAGUUUCAUGGAAUGCCAUAAUUACUGGAUAUGUGAGGCUGGGUGAUUUGAAAACUGCACAAUCUAUUUUCGAUAAAAUGCCGGAGAAGACUGUUGUUUCUUGGACAGCCAUGAUUUCAGGCUAUGCCAAGGCCAGAGAUAUUACAUCUGCAAACAACCUUUUCGAUUUGAUGCCCAUCAAAAGUGUAAUCUCAUGGAAUGCAAUGAUUGCAGGGUACAUUGACAACGAUCUAUUUGAUCAAGCUUUGUCUGUAUUUCACAAUAUGUUGAUCAAUGGUAAGUGUGUGCCCAAUGAGACCACUCUAAUCAGCAUCCUCUCUGCCUGCUCUCACUUGGGAGCUCAUGAACAGGGGAAAUGGACUGAUUCAUACAUUAAGAAAAACAAGUUUGAUUUAUCAAUUCCAUUAGGAAAUGCUCUUAUAGACAUGUUUGCGAAAUGUGGGGAUGUAGAAAAUGCUGAGGCUGUUUUUCAUAGGAUGCCCAAGAAAUGUGUAAUCACAUGGACAUCAAUGGUUUCAGGCCUAGCCAUCAAUGGGCGAUGUAGAGAUGCCGUGGCCCUCUUCAAUACAAUGCACACAGAAGGAACACAACCAGACGAUGUUAUCUUCAUUGCUGUCCUUACUGCUUGUACCCAUGGAGGUCUAGUGGAAGAAGGUAAAAAGGUCUUUGAUGAGAUGGUUCAUGGGUAUAACAUCAAACCUAGAAUUGAGCAUUACGGUUGUAUGGUUGAUCUUCUUGGUCGAGCAGGCAAGUUAGAUGAAGCAGUCAGGUUUGUCAUGAGCAUGCCUUUGAAACCCAAUGCUGUUAUAUGGGGCACUUUGCUUAGUUCUUCUAAGACUUGUGGAAACGAAGAGAUAGUAGAUUUUGUGACCAGAGAGAUUCUCGAGCUGGAGCCUUUGAAUCCUGGAUAUCUAACAUUGAUUUCGAAUUUGAAUGCAUCAAACCAACAUUGGGAAGGUGUCUUGAGUGUUAGAACAGCAAUGAGACAGGAAGGCAUAGAGAAAGUUCCUGGUUGUAGCUCAAUCCAAGUUGGGGACACGGUUCAUGAAUUUUUGGCCAAGGAUAGAAGGCACAGACACCAGAAGGAGAUAUAUGAAGCUUUAUAUGGAUUAAUUGAACACUUGAAAAUGGCAUUUGAUGUGUCUUGAGAAUGUAAUUAUGGGUUCUCGUACCAAGAGUUGUGAAAUCACUUCUGAAGGAUGAUUCUGGGACAAACGUGAGACAUUUCCCCUUUUCCUGCUUCCCGAAGAAACUUGCAAGAGCAUUUACUCUCUGAUAUAAAACCUCCGGCACUUUUCUUGGAAAGCAUGGUAUUUUGGUUUAUUUGAAGCGUCAAGGUCAAGGGGCAUUUUUCACUCAUCUAAGGCGCCCGUUUUGGGGGGAUUGGAUUGGAAAUGUGACACUUCAUUGUUUAUAUAGAAAUAGUGGAAAUCCUGAAGGCAAAUUCCUG